AUGCACUUUGAUAUCCGUACACUCCGCGCGCUAUUGCAUUACCAGCCAGAACGUCGUCUUCGUUCCGCUCUAUUCCGAGCGUUAAAUACUUCUGGUGUUUCAGCAGAUGAACUAGCCCAGACCGCUGAAGUUCGUGAGUGGAUUGUGGAAGAUUUUGUCUCCCCUGGACUGGAGCUGUUGGUCAGUACAAUUGGACGUUUGUCCAAUAUGGAAGUGGCUAUCGAAGCGUCUUAUCAGUUGGCUUGUUUGCUGCACGAUAACUGGAGCUCAUUCGAAAGGUAUGAUUGGCUCGUGUGA